AUGGGAAAGUCAUUGAGCUUGGGUCCGAAUCUAAGGUACCCGAUUACCAUUACCAAAUUCUUGAAGAAACAUGGCGAUCAAAUCUCGAAACAAGAUUCGCUUCUUGAAUAUAAGUUUAAGUGGAAAUUGAUGGUCGGCGAUCCAUUGGGCGACCAAUGGGAGGAGGAACAAACAUCAUAUGGAGAAUGGGAUAGCCCUGCUGAAGGUACUCUCGAGAAAUGGUUGAUCAAAGAAGGAAUGACAAUUGAGAGGGACGGACCUGUCGUCGAUGUUGAAGAAAGUUGUUCGCAUGCGGUUCAGUUUGCGGGGCUUUGUGGAAUGUGUGGAAAGGAUAUGACUGAGGUCUCCUGGGCCAGCAAUGCGCUCGAUACAGACCGAGCUAGAAUCAACAUGAUUCACGACCAAACGCACCUCACAGUUAGUCACGACGAAGCUUCCAAAGCAGAAGAAGAAUUACAACGGCGGUUACUUAAAAAUCGAAAACUUUCGUUGGUGGUAGAUCUAGACCAGACCAUUAUCCAUGCUUGUAUUGAGCCUACUGUUGGAGAGUGGCAGCGCGAUGUCAACUCGCCAAAUUACGAGGCCGUCAAAGAUGUGCGAUCAUUCCAACUUAAUGAUGAUGGUCCUCGCGGUCUCGCAUCCGGUUGUUGGUACUAUAUUAAAAUGCGACCGGGUCUUGCAGAGUUUCUGACAAAAAUCUCCGAAAUGUAUGAGCUUCAUGUUUAUACCAUGGGUACUCGAGCAUACGCAUUAAGCAUCGCAAAGAUUGUCGAUCCUGGAAAGAAAUUAUUUGGUGAUCGCAUCAUCAGUCGAGAUGAGAACGGCAACGUUACCGCAAAGAGUUUGGCUAGACUAUUUCCUCAGAGCACGCAUAUGGUGGCAAUCAUUGAUGAUCGCGCAGACGUUUGGCCAAUGAAUCGUCCUAACCUUAUCAAAGUCGUUCCUUAUGAUUUCUUCACUGGUAUCGGUGAUAUCAAUUCGAGUUUCCUGCCGAAGAGGGAAGGACUUCCGAAAGUACCAACGCCCAAGAAGAAACACCAUUCAAAGUCAGAAACUAGCACAUCUGAAAUAGCAAUCGAAACACCUACAGGAGAAGUCGCAAAACCUACGGAGCAUCAAGGCGAGAACAAAUUCACUGAAGGAGCCCAGGAGGAAUCAUCGAGCGAAAAGCCAGUAUUACCAAAACUCAACACACUAGACGAUGAAUCUUCGUUACAAGAACAAGCAGCAGAACAGGAGAAAUUCUUGGAGCAACAAUUACUGGAUCGACCUUUACUUCAUAAGCAGGAAGCGAUUGAUGAAGCGGAUAAAAAACAGGAAGAAGCAGGAAAGGAGGUUGAAGACGGCACAAUGGAACAUCAUACACACCGACAUGGUGUUCUCAAGGAUGAUGAUGUCGAAUUAACUUAUCUUCAACAACAUCUCACAGAUUUACACAGAGCGUUCUAUGAGGAAUACGAUAAAGCUCUGGUGAAUGUUCCAGGUGGAAGAGUUGCGCAAUUGAAGCCUGGACAUCAAAGAAAAGUUAACGUCAAGAAUGAAGCUGCCGACCUCAAAGUAGUACCUAAUAUCGCGGUUGUGAUGCCACGUCUUAAGUCUGAAAUCGCUCAACAAAUAGACAGUUUUGGUGGCAAAAUUCAUAAAAAGGUUUCAAAAAGAGUCACUCAUGUCGUUGCAUCUUCACAAAAAACUCGUACACAAAAAGUUCGAGAAGCGGCAAAAUAUCCUCAUAUUAAGAUCGUGACACAACAAUGGCUCACUCAAUCAAUGAGUAAGUGGAAGAAAGAGGAUGAAUCAGAUUAUUUAGUUGAUAUCAGCCCGGCCGAUAGAAGACCUAGUGGUGAUAUGACAAAUGUUUCAUCUCCUGGUGAUGAUAGUGAAGAAUCUUCCGAUUAUACUGAGAGUGAUGAUUAUGAUGACGAUGACAUGAAAUCUGAGCUAGAUGGAGAAGGGGUCAUGCCAGAUGAACCACGAGGUGACAUAUCUCCGACAAAGGAUCUCAAUUGGUCUUCAAUAGAUGAUGAAUUGGCCGAAUUCAUGGGUGAUGACGAAUCCGGUACAGAAAGUGAUACGAGUUUCACUAGUAAUAACAGUCGAACUUCGCGAACAAGUUCAAGGAGAGGACAGAAACGAACGUUUGACGAUGCCACAGAUGAAGAUGAUAGUGAAGAAGAGAGCACAAUGGCGAAGAAACAACGAGUAGCCAAUUCGAGGACGACAAGUUUAAAAACAGUAAAGACGCCUACUAGUGCAUCGGAAUCAAGUCUUCUUACACCGGGUGUAACGGGUGAUGAGACUGAUGAGGUAGAUCAAUUGUCGACACAAGAGAGUGAUCAUAGUUUUGAGGAUGAUUUAGAAGCGGAAAUGCAGGCUGCUUUUGAUCAGCAAUUUGAGGAUGAAGCUGCUGCUGCUGCUGGUUAA